AUGAAGGCUUGCCUGCCUUGGCCUGUGGUUAGGGGUGCUCAGCCGCAUCCCCGGACGCUAGGGCGUGUGCUGAAGCUGUGGCUGUGUGAGCUGUGGCUCCUCCUGACGGGCCCUGGCUUGAAUGUCAACCCCCUGCCUCACGAAGAGGAUGUGGACUUCAUCAAUGAGUACGUGAAUCUCCACAAUGAGCUGCGAGGCUCCGUCUUCCCCCAAGGGUCUAACCUGCGCUUCAUGCUUGUUUGGGACAGCUCCUACAAAGUUGGUUGUGCUGUGACUCCAUGUUCAAGUGUUGGAAAUGUCAAACACGCAGCACUUUUCAUAUGCAAUUAUGCACCAGGAGGAACUCAGAUGAGGAGGCCUUAUCAGGCAGGGGCAUUUUGUACCCGGUGUCGCUCUGAUGACAAGUGCACAGAUCUUCUAUGCAGCAAUGCAGAUCGUGACCAAGCUACAUAUUACCAGUUCUGGUAUCCACGUUGGGAAGUGCCCCGCCCACUUUCUCAAUUUCCAGAUAUCUCAGCAGAAAGGCAGAUGUUUUCUGAGGGAAAAGUAUUUUCAACAGAGGAGGAAAUGAGAACGGAGGAGGAAGCGGAGGAGAAAGAAGAGACUAUUGAGGAAGGAGAGAAAGAAGAUGAAGGUUAG